AGCAGUGGGCAAGGAUUUAGAGUGACACAUCAAGAAUGUGUUAAGAAAAAUAAUUCACCUUGGCCAGCAUCUGCUCUACUUCCCCAUCUCAGCAGGGCUGUGUCAGCAACUACCAGUGGGCACACUUCCUGAUUGGUUUGCGACACUGCUAGCUCCAGGGCCAGAGGAAACACAGAAGUACAAGCAGGAGAAGUGCAGAGUGGCCACGUGACUGUAAAGUGCAAAGAAGGGCUGAAGCAAGGGGAGGCCGUCUUUACUCUACUGCAGGCCGCUGCUGCACCAUGUCUCUGGCUGAGACCAUCCGACUGUGGAAUGAGGGAGUGUGUGCUACAGACCGCAAGGACUGGACAGCUGCGCUGGAGGCUUUCACCUCAGUGCAGAACCCCCCUUCCAAACUCUGCUUUAACAUUGGCUGCAUCCACCUGAUCCUGGGGAAUUUGGCUGAGGCAGAGCAGGCGUUUGCCAGGAGCAUUGACCGUGACAAGCACUUAGCCGUGGCCUAUUUCCAGCGCGGGACAGUGUUUUACAGGAGAGAGAACUACAAAUUGGCCAUUGAGGCUUUUAAAGAGGUGUUGGCCCUGCUGCGAGGGAACCUGCUGAUAGACUACAAGAUCCUGGGGCUGCCAUUCAGGCUGUUUGCUUGUGAGGUGUUGUAUAACAUAGCCCUGCUCUAUGCCAAGCUGGAGGACUGGAGAAAAGCUGAAGAGCAUCUGACGCUGGCGAUAAGCAUGAAGACUGAGCCCCGGCACAACAAGAUUGACAGGGCGAUGGAAGCCAUCUUGAAGCAUAGACUCUUUGAGCCGGUGGUGAUUCCUCCAGGGAAGCUGUUUAGGCCAAAUGAAAAGCAAGUGGCUCAGCUGGAGAAGAAGGAUUACCUGGGAAAAGCUACGGUCGUGGCGUCUGUCGUCGACAAGGAUAGUUUUUCAGGGUUUGCUCCACUUCAGCCACAGACGUGUGGCCCCCCACCCAGGCCAAAGACACCAGAAAUCCUCCGGGCCCUGGAAGGGGAGCCUCACCGUGUGCUGUUCGAGUUCACGCCCGAGACCGCAGAUGAGCUGCAGGUCCUGCCGGGAAACAUUGUCUUUGUUCUGACGAAGGAGAAGGACAACUGGGCCACCGUUAUGUUCAACGGGAAGAAAGGGAUUGUCCCCUGUAACUACCUUGAGGCUGUGGAGCUCCAGAACCAGCCGCAGGUCCGGGAGGAAACGCCAUCUGAGUCGGACAUCCCUGCCCCACCCAGUUCCACCGCUCCGGAAAAGCCCAGGUCUCCAGCACCAGCUCACGGUCCUGGUGCUUCUGGAAAACAGCAGAAAGAAGCUGCAAAGGAUGUAGGAUCAGCUACCUCAAGCCCAUAUGUUCUCAAGGUGCAUUACAAGUAUACAGUAGCAAUACCAGUCCGGCUUGGAAUCACCUACAGCGAACUCCUGGACAUGGUGUGCAAGAAACUGGAGCUCUCACCAGAGCAUACAAAACUGAGGUACCGGCCUGCAGAGAGUGAGGAGCUGGUAACUCUGAGCGAGGACAGCAUGAAGACAGUAUGGAGUCACGCUAAGGACUAUUGCCUGACACUGUGGUGCGACGUCACAGAGGGAGACAAAGAUUUACCCAGAAGAGAAGAUGGCCAAGCUGAGGAGGGUACUCAGAAGACACCACCACAACAGCUGGAAGCAAAUCACGUGGUAGCUCGAUACGGUUAUGAAGCCAUCCAGCCCGAGGACCUGGAGUUCCAGGCAGGAGAUGUGAUACUUGUUUUAUCCAAAGUGAAUGAAGAGUGGUUGGAAGGCCAGUGCAAGGGGAAGGUGGGCAUUUUCCCCCGAGCUUUUGUUCAAAAAAGUGAUGCCGAAAACCCUGAAAUCUAAUUCCACAGAAGCCUAAGGACCCCAGGAUGUGCAACAGUAGCGUUUAAGAUGUCUUCUCUCAUUAACCACUGUAUACAGAGAUGUUACCCUCGUGCGUAAGAAAAGCCUUAAUUUUUUUUGUUUCACCUUUUGGUUUGCCCCAGCUCUUAUUUAAACAUGUCCCAGUUAGCACCUUGUUUAUGAACCAUCUCCCAGCAUGGAGACCAGCCACUCAGGCCUGCCUGAACAGUUGUGCUUUUAGACCACUUGAGAAGCAGCAGCUCUCCCAUCUAUUCUGCCUCUGGCAAGAAUCAAGAAACCGCUUCUCAAAGAGGGCAGUACUGUUCUAUUUAUGGCACUGCCAGCAAGAAUGGAACAGGAGCUGGCGGUCAGGAGCGAAGGAUCAGGACAGGUUAAUCCUGCCACAUCAUUAGUUACCUGUCAGCAUCCAUAACUCUACCUCUCCCUUUCCUCCUUCCAACAUGACUGUCUUUUUUCUGCUCCAUCAUUCAAUAAAAUGGCUCUUCUUUCA